GUAUUGGCCAAAUCGUGGCUGCCACCUUCAGAGCAUGGAGGCGCGGCCUGAGUUUGCCUCGAAGGUCACCGCUGGCCCUCCCGACUGCAGAGAAGGCUUCAGGAUGAAGAGCUGCUUCCACGAAAACACCAAGUUCGAGCCGGUGAACAUGCCAGGACAGCGGCGCACGCAGGUGGGCUCCGUCUUGGAAUGCCAGCAGCGGUGUCGCAAGACAGAAGGUUGCGAGCACUUCUCCUUGUGGCCCGACGGUGGCUGCCACAUUCAGGAUGCCAAUGCAUCGGAGGUUACGGCGCGGCAUAUCAUCUCCGGGCCUCGUCACUGCACGAAGUCCUACCCCACGUCGAUUGAUGAAGCUGCCUUGGCUCCCCUCGAAGAGGAGACGUCCAACGACGACGGCCAGAAGACAUUGGACGAGCCAGAAAGCGAUGCUCUCGGCGUCGCCAGCAGCGACCCUGAGAGAGACCUGGUGCCACAGCCUCGGGCGGUUGCCUUGGUCCUCGCGGCCUCGCAGUAUGUGGCGGAGGGCUACCUGGAGGCAGAGGACUUCGAGAGGGAGGUCCAUGGCUGCAACAUCACCACCGUGAAGGAGGCGGAGUUUGAGCAGCUACGGCAGAUGAUCAAGUUCCUGCGCAGGGAGGAGCUCUGUCCGUCGGAUGAUCCGCACCAUCCCAAGGUCCCGGACCCGUUAAGCGCGGAGUGUUUGGUGCCGGACGGCGCUUGGGAGCAACGGGUGCUGUCGCGGAUGGCGGUCAUCCAGCGGAUCAAGCUUGAGAAGGAGGGGGCCCCAUCCUUGCAAGAAUGCCACUGUCCCGAGCCGUCUGGUGAGCUGCUGACCAGUUCCAAGCUCCUGGAAGUGGUGGAGAGUCAGGACAUCGCGCGAAGCCCUUUGAUGAUGCGCGAUGCGGCAAAGGAGGUCUGCACGGAGAAAGGCCACGACAGCGGCAUCAGCUUCGCGGUGGUGUUCAACAACGCUUGCUCUGUUGGGAAGCGUGGCUACUGCUGCGAGGCCCGGGACCUCCGCUGGGCCGCUGAGCCGCUGUCGCUGUCGGGCGACGAGCUCGCCGAGGACAGCCUGGUCCACCUCAUGGGCCUUGCGGAGAGCCUCCGGUCCGACAGCGAGAAAAUCUACUGGAAGUUCCUGCGAAAGCUGGAGGACUGGACAUGGCUCUCCAACGAGCAGAAGGUGAUGUUUUACAAGCUGUACAUCAUCUACUAUCAUCACGUUCGCUUGGCCAUCGAGCGUCAGCAGUAUUGCAUGCUGAAUCCUGAGGACUUCACAUCCUGUGAGGACCCGAUGAACCUCUACUUCUCCAUCAAGAUGGUCCGGAACGAGAUUCUGCAGGCACAUCGCGCCCUCUUCGAGUACGGAAGUUGCUUGCAGACCGGCACGCGAACGCUUGCUGCCACGGUUCGCGGGAGGCCCGUGGCUGGCAAAGUGCGAGGCAUUGCCGGCAUACUCUUUCGAAGAGCCGUUCAUAUCCUGGGCACGGGGCAAAUCCAACGCCGAGUGCACAAAGCGGUCCUUCAGCUUGCCCGCUCCGCGUGGACGCACCGCUUCGAACUGAUCCUGGUCAGUCUCGUCCUUGGUGCUGGCCAGCCACUUAUGCAGGCACUCACAGCCACAGGCGUGUCAACUGGAGCUGCAACGAGUUGGACGCUGAUUCUGGAGCAGUUUAUGCGAAACAUGUUCGUCCACGUCGGCUGCCCGAUCCUUUCUUCCCCGCUUCUCAUGGCCAUGUUGCUACGGUGGUCGAUGAACAGGAUCGUCCUGACGGACUUCUUCAUCAACAACGCGGUGCAGCCCUUGUGGGAAAUGGCGAAGAAAGCCUUGCAGCCGGUGACCGCGUUCCUGGAGAUCAACAAGGAGGUCUUCCGGGUCUCAGCGGAUGUUCUGAAAGCCAUUCUGCGGGCUGUGCGGCUGAGACAAGAUCCAGCUCAAAGCGACGCGACCAACUCGACCUCAGAUGAUAGGCAGUCAUGGAUAGAAGCCGCCCGGGAGUUCCAUGCUACUGCGGCGGCUGACGUCUUUUACGCCUUUUUGUCCGUGACCUUUGGCGCCGCCUGGCGGGCCUUGGCAACAGCCGCUUGCACGGUGGCGAAGCUGGCUUUGCCGGUGGUCAACGGCGCCGAGGCUGGAUUCGACUUUGCCGGCACUUACACAGCCAAGGCAUGGCAGCGACUGGCCGGCGCUGUCUCCGGGCUGCUGAAGAAGGGAACGAACGACGUGAGCCUUCCCUUCGUAAAGUCCAUGGCCGCU